AUGGGAAACAAAAAGAGCCGUGAGCCCGAUUGGCCUCCUCCUGAACUUCCUCCUCCUCCUAUUUAUCCUCCAUCAUUUACGACUACAACUAUUUCACGACGACGCCGAAAGCGACUUCCUCCUAAAAUCCGUGUCAUCUUUGUGCCUCAAGUUCCUCCUAUUGGAAUUGGAUGUGUUGCACCAAUGCCCUGUGCAGUACCUGUAGCAAAUCCCUGUUGCAAUCUGGGUAUCGCAGGAUACGGAGGAUUCGGAUACGGUGGAUACAGUGGAUACAGUGGACUUGGGGGACUUUGCUGUCCUUUAUAA